CGUUAGGCUAGCCUAUAAUGUGGCAAAUCGCGACACUUUCUGUGUGUCGACUCCGCUGAAAGAAAGCCUGUCCAUCAUAGGCCUAUGGUGAGAAAAAGAGGGUGAAAAAAUGAGGGGCUCGGGUUCUCGGAGUUCCCUCAAUGGUAUCGUGUCGCCCCCGCCCGGCCCGCUCUCCGAGAUGGAGCACAUCAUCUCUGCCCUGGAGCGGGGGACCGUGGUCUACAAGUUCUACGUGAGGAAGAGACCCGAGAAAGGUCAACUCUCGAUCCGACGGGAGACCAGGCAGGUCAUCUGGAAGAAGGCGGUUCCAACCAGCACGGCCGGGUCUGGGAAAUUUGUCUUUGAUGGGGCCAUCGACAUGCACGAGUUAAAAGAAGUUCGAGUAACACGGUCCUCUAAAGAAUUUGACAGGUGGCAGGAUGAUACCAGACGAAAUGAUGCCCAGUGGCGCUUUGUCCUCCUCUACGGGAUGGAAUUCCGCAUGAAGACGUGUUCCCUGGUGGCCCUAACAGAGAGAGAGUGUCACAUGUGGGUGAAGGCACUGAGGCACCUGGCCGAGGACACACGCAAGGCCUCCUAUCCGCUGCAGCUGGAGCGGUGGUUACGCAAAGAGUUCUACUCCAUGGAGAAUCCCCAUGGCACUGUGUCUGUC